UGCUUACAAUGUGUCUCACCAAAUUUCCCGGCAACAAUGGUCCAUACACAGUCUUCCUCCAAUUAACAAUAUAAUAACCAGAUUUCAUUUUUCUCUCUUUGUUUUUUCUUUUCUUUUUUUUUUUUUUUUCUCUCUCUCUCUCUCUCUGUGUCUAGAACCCAUAAUCAGCUCAGCUCCUCCUCUUCAUCGCUUCCCUUUUAUUUUUCUGAUAUAAGGAUAAAGAUCCAACAACACUGAUAGAAUGGCUAUCAGCUAUAAAUACUGGGAUGACUGCGUUGAUCCCCAGGACAUGGAAGCAUUGUGGAAUACUCCGGAAGUGAGUGCUGAAUGGUUAGAUGCUGGAGAGACUAGAAAAAAGAAGGUUCACCUCUCACGUGAUCCUGAUGGACAGCCUUACUUGACGCAAACUGAGAUGAAGGCUGUGGUUGAUAUAGUUCUCCGCAGGCAUUUUGGUUCAGAAAUAGACCCUGCAAUGAUAUGCGCUCUUGCCGAACUUGAAAGUGAUAGACAGCCUCUUGCUACACGGUAUAACAAGAAAAUUAAGGAGACCACUGUUGGGAUCAUGCAGCUUUUACCAAAAACUGCCGAAUGGUUGGUUAGAGAUUUGCACUAUCAGUCAUAUCAAGUAGAAGAGAAUCCAGAUAUUCUGUUCAGGCCUUUCGUAAAUGUGUAUUUCGGUGCUGCCUAUCUUAAGUGGUUAUCAAACUUUGAGGAGAAAGAGAGGAGUGAAGAGUUUGUCGUUAGGUCGUAUAAAGGUGGUACAAAAAAGGCAAUUCACAAAUCAACUUUACCUUAUUGGCAACGCUACCUUAUGGUCAAGGACAGUCUUCCAUUCAGAAAACUUCUGCUAAAUGAGGCUUCUGCUUCCGGUGCUGCUGCUGCUCCUCCUGUAACCUCUGCAUCUCCUGUAACUUCUCCGGAUUUGGCACCGAAUUCACAAAAAGCAGGUGUUGUUUACACAUACUGGGACUCAAGAGCUUCUCCUGAGCACAUGGAGGAUAUGUGGAACCAUCCUGAAGUCCUUAAAGAAUGGAGCAAAUGUGGAGAGAAACGGGGAAAAGUCCGCUUCUCCCAUGAUGAAAAGAAGAGACCAUAUCUGUCUCGGGUAGAACUGAAGGCAGUUGCAGAAAUCAUACUUUUCAGGCACUUUAGUACAUAUAAAGUUCAACCAACAAUUCUUUGUGCUCUUGCAGAGGUUGUGAGCAUGCGCUUCGUGAAUGGGGUUGGACCACGAGCUGGAAUUAUGGGACUCGAUUAUUCAACUGUUUUAUGGCUUUACACGGAGUUGGGAUUCAGGGCUUUUAAAGUUGAUUCUGUCGAUGAUCUAACGAAGCCAUUUCUGUCCAUGUACUUCGGUGCAGCAUAUUUCUUAUGGCUAUCGCAAUACGAAGGGAGGGAAAGAGCUCCACAGUUCAUUGUUCAAGCUUAUAUAGUAGGGCCAAAGAAUGUGAAUUUCCAAGAGAAAGGUCCAAUGUGGCUCAAGUUUGAGGAAGCCUUGAGCAAUUAUGGUGAAACAAAGAAGGAUCAAGGGAGCUGCUUCAUCAUGUAAGAAGAAAAAUAGCACACCCUCAAACCAGCCGUCAAUUCUUCAUUUUGCGUUGUCCUGUAUCAUCGAAAAAUUUUCCAACAAACUGAAAUGAAUUUUUAUGAAUAUUGUUGUUAUAUAGAAAUGUUAUGUUUUUCUUU